CCCGUCCGUCGAGUGUUCCGUGCGCGAACUGAAUUAUAACUAUUGGCGCCCUGCAGCAGUCUGCUUUGUGUGGUACAAGUCCACCAGGGCAGAAACGGGCUAGAACUCUUCCGAUUCAGUUGUUGGCCAGUCACUAGAUAGUAACCUGGGGGACGUGUAAAGUUUAGGACAAUACUGUUCGUGAGUGUUCUAAGCAAAUUUGGAAAUGCAAAAAAUGUGAUUUUACUGGAUUGCUUCGUUUCGCCAGAGGAUAUUACCUAUUGCUGUAAAGGAUUAUAAUCCAAGCUGUGAAAGCUGUUGUUGGCUUCCGGUGACAGACGGAGGGGGGAAACUGCUAGCAGUUUCUAUAUCGUCCUUCGAAGGCACACGGAAACGUCGGAAAAAUUCACUGUGGCUAUCACGACACACAGUGCUAUGCUGUUGUGGUUAAGAGUGUGUGCUUGUAAUACUAAAUACAGCAUUUGAACAGAAUUACAUAAAGAUUACGCGAUAGGCGUCUUUUGCUUUUCCUCGUCGUGCCCAGAGCAAGAAAUCAUCGCACAGCGUGUGCGAAAAGUGAGUACAAGUGAGAGAGUUUAUACAAUUUUUUUUUCUCGGCACAGCUUGCCUAGAUAGGUGUAGUAGGUUUUUGUGUUUUUUCUUGGCGGAGGGCCGUGAAAGUACAAUUGGGGAGGAAAAAUCUCGUGAUUUGCUCGCGUGUGUCUCGAACGAACGAAAACAGUAGAAAAUUUGCGGUAAACGUCCUUCACCAUCACGUCACGUCGCUGACGAAAGAAAACGACGCUGACGUCGGCACGGUGAAAACAACGGGUGCUCGCAGCUCACACACCGCGAGCGACGAUCGACCUCAAGCUGGAGGAGCCGAAUAAAAUGCAACCCUCGCUAGAGUCCACUGGGGUGGUUACUCCGAUGGUGAUCAUGACCACGAACAUACUCCCGGUGGUAUCAGCUACGAAAGUGAAACAGACACCACCGCAAAGUGCCCCUCCGCCUCCUUCGAAGCCGCCCGAAGUGAACAGAAGAGCCGACGAAGCGGCAACCUUACCACAGAGAGUUGAAGACAGCGAGGAGGCGCGACCUCCGUUCAUUAAGCAGCUGAACAAGCUGCUUACCCCACCGGAUGAUUUGCUUCAGUGGAAGGAUAUGCCACAGCAUUUGCAGUUCAAUCCUUAUGUGCUCACCGGGUACCGGCCCCUGCAGGGUGUCAAGGGGUGCCUCAGCAGUCUGUUUUACGUGCAUAACGAGACGAUUAAUAUUUUAACACACGGCAUUCCAAUAGUGUACAUUCUGGCAACAGUUCCGGCAAUGAUGCCAUGGGAGAAAGAAUAUCGCUUUCUUUCGUGGUGUCAUCUGGUCGGUUCUGUUGCACCAUGGUGUGGUAGCUUCCUGUAUCACCUGUUCAUGAAUCUGGAACGGGGCGAGGUCGUCUAUUAUCGGUUGCUGCAGCUCGACAUGUUCGGGAUCUGGAUGAGCCAGAGUUUCGGUGCCCUUCCAAUGGUGACGGCUACGGUGUACUGCCUAAGGUGGCCUCUCAAAUGGUUCAUCAUCCUAGCGUACUCGAUGCUGUGCAUCUGGGGUUUGUACAAGGCACUGACGGCCUCUUCACCGUGGCAACGCAGACUCUGCUUCCUGCGACCCUUUGCCAUGCGGAUUCUACUUACCCUUCUGCGGAUAUCCAAUCUGGGCGGCGGCAGUCCCACCUCGCUGACACACGUUUUUCUGCAGGACGCAGUAUCGGCUGCUGGCGGCGUCAUCGGGGCAAUGCACAUACCGGAGAAAUGGUUUCCUGGCAGCGUGGAUAUCUAUCUCAACUCGCACAAUAUCAUGCACGUACUCGUCGUCAUGGCAGUCUAUUCGAUGCAUCAGGCAACAAUCCAGGACAUUGAGUGGAUGCGGCAGGCCGAGUGUACCGGUUCCAACCGAACGCCAUCGAUGACCAUAGACCCAAUCAACGGAACCCAUCUGGAGCUAUGACAACUUCUUGGUUUCUUCAGUACGCCGGGAGACUAUCAGAAAGGUUUCGGCUGCCGGUUCCAUUCAGCCAUCCAGCAGUUGCUGCUGGAGUUUUCCUCCCCAGUGUGUCCGACUGGGUUGUCAUUGAGACACGGUGUCCGCUAGAUGAAAACGUUCACAUUGACAGCUGAUCUCUUUCGGUCAAGGAUCUUUUGAUAAAAAUCAGCCCUUACGAGUGGAGCAGUACGACGUGACGGUUGAUGCUUUUGUUCGGAUCAAAUUUAGAAAUUCGUACUUGACUUACCUUGUCUGUGUUUACGAUCUCAAUUUUUUGUUCAAGCCAGACCAGUUUCAAAUACAUUUCUCAGUGGCUACGCUUAUUGGAGAUGAAAUCAACAACUGUACUACUAUGUUCGCUGGAUCUAAAAUUAAAAGAUAAAGGGGAAAAAUCAAACCAUAUUUCGGGUGAACUAGUAAGAUUAGAAUUGUUACAGUUCUUACAAUGACCAAUAGAUUGCCAGAAGCAUACCGAAUAAAUCCAGCGACUGUUUUAACUUACUGCUCGGUACAAGAUUCUGUUUCUACCAGGCUUGACGAUAUUGUUGAUAGUGCUUCAGUCAGGGUUAGAAUAAUGCUACAACCGAGAUCAUCAUAACCUAGAUUCACAAAUCUGUUGGCUGUAACCUGUUAUAAACUUUCGACUUGUGGUUCGGACCGUUCCAAAUUAUCCUUAUCUAUGCAUGUUGUUACUAGUCACGUUUCUAUCCUCAGCAAACGAAAAAGGAACAAAUUAUGCAAAACGAGAUAUUAAGCAAACAAAAAAUUAGCUUUUAAUAUGUAUAUGUUGAUUCCUAUUUAUAUUUAGUUACGCUAGUUAGACCAAUUGUAGAAAGUGCAAAGUGCCCAUUUAGCAAUCUGUCAAACUUCUAUAGGCAUGUGUAUAGAUCAACAGGCUAUCCGUUAACUGCUAGAAGUUGACUGUCGAAAUCAAAAAGGCUGUUUAUUUUUAAUUCAGACAUUAUUUUAAAAGAUGAAUAUAUUACCGCUGCUGAUCCAAUCAUGAAACGUUCAUAAGAGGAAAAAAGCUAGAAGAUUGACAGUGGACAAGACUAGCAACGUACACUCCGGUACUUUAUGGCAACACGUUCAAUGUUACAUAUUAGCUAGGUUAGGUAUCGUGUUCGAUUGAAUCCGAUUUUGACAGUCUCUUUGGAUCCAAAUUGGCGUUAAAGCAGUUCUCUCUCGGUUAAAUUAUCCGGAGCUUGAUUAGGAAUUCCAGCUUAAAUGCAACAAUCGGUUCCGACUAUAUUUGACCUGGAAUGCAGUCAAGAAAAGGUACAGAAUUUCUGAUGAGUUGACCAGGUUAACAUCGAUUGUAAUCUGUAAAGGAAUCAGUUUUGUAGCCUAACAACCGUUAGGGUUCGAAACUGACUCAAAUCAGCAUCAAGUACAUAAAAACUACGUAACACUGAGUUUGCCUAAUGCAGCUGUGUUUUGUUUACAGUACAUUGAUUACACUUCAUCAUUUAGUGUACAAUACUGAAAACGUAGAAUCAUAUUCCAUAGUACAUCUAAAGAAAGACAUACAUUUUGAACGUGAUUCUGCGCGAUAUGUGACUUGGGUCGACUAAUAUCACCUCACUCUCCUAUGACAUUUCUAGCCCGAUUCUGAAAAGUCACCGCGGGUGACGUGAGAUACCUAUUAAACGGAAAUGUGGAAUCUCACCUCACCUGAGACGACUCUCGCAAUCCGGUAAGAAAAGUCACGUAGAGUGAGGAGAGAUUAAUCAUCUCACGUUACACGCCGCGCAGAAUAUGACCGCUUGAGGCAGUGCUGCGAUCGGCUGGUAGGUUAUCGAAAACCCCUUUGAGUAUUUGCGUGUGAUGGCGAUUUACGUGACAUCAGAUUUUAUGCGUAUUUUUUGUUGAAAUUGUCCAGCUUAUUACGUGCCAUAAUGGCGGCCAAACUGGUUUUCUGAAGUAUUUCUUGAAGAUAUCUUCCAAUUAACCUCAAUUCCAAUUUCGUUCAGAAUGUUAUGGUGAGAAAAACGAUUAUUAUUUCAUUAUUCAACCGAAGACCACAUUCAAGCAGACCGCAAUUUCUUUCCUCCUCCCCCCAUACAAAUGAGCAGCAACAGAGGUUACGUCUCUAUUGUACGAAUAUACGAAGCAUAACAUAACGCUUGCACUAAAAGAGACAAAUUUUACCGAUUUUUCAUGCGAUUUUACAGCCAGCUGAUGGUGAAUCCAUCGAUAAAUCGUCAAUAAAUAUAAGUAGGCUGUCUUCAGGAAAAAAUGACAGUUCAUGGUUGCCUUUGAGAUAUCUGACGUUUAAAACACUCACACUGAUAUCUCGCAUUUUUAUACUACCGUCCUCCCCUUCAGCCCACAAGCGGUUUGUUUUCCUCCCAAUUCGCCGAGCAAACGAUUUGUUUUCCUCCCAACUCAAACACCAAAACGGUACAAUACCAACGCAGCUGGAUAAGUCCAUUAAGAUUUCUGACAGUUCAUUUACAACCACAUAUGCAAAGUCAAACCAAAGGAGUUUGGUUCGUUUGCCAACCGGUUUUUGCAGUGCAAUUUUUUUUUGUUUUCCUCACGAAAUAAUUCGGCACCGUUUCUUUUUUAACGGGAGUAGAAAGGUCAAUGGCGAAAGCAGUGACGCAACUGUGUGCAAUGGUUUGUAAUUACUGCUGGCUUCACCUCCGAGCGAAAGAAGUCAGCCAUCGUGGCACACUUUGUGUUUGCCGGAUACAACCGAGCACCCAUAUACAAGAUCCUGAUGCUACUGGUGAGAGCCGUUAACUGGGUUCCGACCGUCCGAAGGUUUUGCGUGAUCGGAAGGAGCAGCAAGCGCCUUAAGCGAAAGACGAAAGGCAAGGUAACAAAAUCCUUUCGCGACCGGCCAGAUAGUUAAAAAGUGUUUGGCGAACAUGGACAGUGGGAUGAGGAAGCGGAAGUCGAGACCAGGCGUUUCGCAGCGGCGGAAGGUGCUCAAGAAUUGCUUCCCCGCGAAGCCCAAUGUGGUUAGGAUGAUGGACGACGAGACGUACUUGAUGUUUGACUGAUAGAAAACCGCUAGGAGACCGCGGCUAUUUUACGUCCUCCACAGUGUGUGAGCAGCGACAAAAACAAGUACAUCGGCCACGUGAAGUUCCCAAAGAAGAUCGCUAGUGCUAGAGGAGCGCCCCGCGCCGACGAUUGCAUGUAAAAAUAGUAAGCACAUCGGCGUGACGCCGAUACCUGAAAUCGGCGGCGCGGCGCACACCUCUAGCUAGUGCAGAUGUAGCGUUUGAAGAGCGUAGUCGUUCCCGGGAACUCCCAACCCCCAGCUGAGACCAAUUGAAAAUUUUGAGGGUGAACCUGAAGCGGAGGAUUUACUCGAACGAUUCCGUGUCGAAAGCCGAAGAAUUGGUAAAAAAGGAGACAUUUCUUUUCGGCGGCUGUGGCCGAAAUUCCGGUCAACUACCGUUAGAUAUCUCUUUUUUAAUGCAAGCGCUUUCUCUUCCAUAUUUUCCGUUCGCAAAUAAAGUUUAGAUUGCAACCACUCACCUUCAUCCUGGAAGCAGGAUACUCCUUAAGAAGUCGCUCGAUGGGAGCCAAUAAGGGUGUCCUAGACAGCGUCAGCUUCACUAUGGAAAGCAAGCUAGUUGAAAAUUCCGGAACAUAUUUCACUUUACCACUGUGACUUCUGAUUGGAUCCUCGCCACCAUUAAUUCCGCACACUGUUUUCAUUUGUGCAUUACUUGAGAUUUCACUAUUUCUAAAUCGAUGUCAUCACCUGACCGGCUAUCGAUAGCCCUCACAAGUCUAUCAUCAUCGGAAUCGCUCCGGCAGCGUCACAAUCAAACAACACUAAUCAAUUUCGAGCAAACGGUGCUCCAUAUUACCACGCUUCGGAUGGGUUUAUCGAAAACAAUUUCUUCAAUAACGAAACGCGCACUGAACGGGAGGUUUUCCAGCAACGAAAACAUUAAGAUUUCUGACAGCUAAUUUACCACCACAGAUGCAAAGUCAAAUCGAAGGAGUUUGUUUUCAUCACGAAAUACCUAAUCCCAACCGAUUUUUGCAGUGCAAAAUAUAUUUUUGUUUUCAUCACAAAAUAGUUCAGCGCCUUUUCUUUUUCAACUCGAACAAAAAGGCUAAUUUUCGACCAGCAGCACUAGUUUCACUUUAGUAGUUCGAUCGGCUCCAAUUCGCUUUACGAUCCGCUCCGACGGGUAUAUCACUCCUGACGAUGCCCCACAAUUUUUUCGGAUGCAAUAUUCUAUCUCCGAGCAAUUGGCACGUAGUCCAGUUUGUCCCGCUGAGCUUGAGAUUCGAAAACCAUGCUGAUUCAUGCUUUUCUACUACAGGGAAACAAAAAACUACCUAAAAUUGAGUUCCUUUGACUCAAUCUCGUGGUAUCGUGGGGGAACUUAAAAUUAGGUAAACCGUGUUGAAGGUAGUUUCCAUUUAACCACGGCAAAAAUUACAACUCAUUGAUAGGUUUUUUAUACUCAAAUUUAAGUUGAAUUUACCUAAUUUUGAGUUCACCCCAAACAACUCAAAAGUAACUUCCCCCACGGAAGAUAUCGACUGAGUCGAACCUCUCGUUUUGUUUUUGACAACACUAAUAAGUGCGAAAGCGACGCACAACUCAAAAGUAAGUUAAAAGAACUUUUCUGCAGGUUGUUUUAUUUAACCGUGUAUGGCUCACGCAAACAAAAUGACAUUCAACCGGACACGAGUCUUGCGCAUCGUUUUUUUUCAUUCCCGUUAAAAAAGAAAAGGCGCUGAAUUAUUUCGCGAUGAAAACUAAAUUUUUUUACAGUGCAAAAACGGAUAGCGAUGCCAGACGUGCACUGAAAAAACUUAACACGUUAACAUCAUGUGGAAAUCUAUUGAAUUAUUUCAAUCCACAAACACAUGAAAUGCACACGGUUGCCACUUGAAUAUCCAUUCGAGUAUGGGAAAUAUGGUUUUCAAAUGAAAUUCAGGCGAACAUGGUGUGAAAAGCACAUCAACAUCAUAAGAAAUACCAUUGACUAAAAUUCCGAAUGAAUUAGACGUCAAUAUCACUUUGUUUUGCUUAUAGAUUUCAUUGGAAGAAGGAUCGGUGAAAUCAAUUGUUUUACAUGUAGAAAUGCACUACAUGUUUUUAAUGCGAAAGUCAUCACUCAAUAGCAUGACAAUGAACAUUCAAUGGAUAAACAUGUCGUAUUCGCGUGGGAUUUGUUUGAAUUUAAUUUGAAACACCAAAUGAAAUGUUUUUCAAUGGAUUUUCAUGUGAAAUUCAAAUCCUUUUAUUUUUUAACAUGAGAACGCACAUGAAAGUGAUGUUUAAUUGCAUAUGGUUUUAUCGUGUCGAUUAUUGUCAGUGGGGGCUUGUCAUCAUCAGAAUUGUAAUGUCGAGGACUUUUGUUUACAUUUUGUAUUUUUUCGGGAAUCUGGCUGAUUCCUCGUUAAAAAUUAACAACCGAUUCCGUAUCUUGGUCGUUGAAGACAAACGAAGGCUUUUUGUUUUAUUCAAUGUUGACAUUCGAAAAAUAUACCUGGUAUCCCUGAUUUGUGGUUGUAAAUCAGCUGUGGCAAAAAUAUGCAGCGUUCCGAAAGAAAAGCCAUUCAAAUAAUCUUAUCCCAGAUUUCAAACCAUUUUUCAAUAUAAUAUGGAUCAUUUGGUUGCUUGGAACUGCAGCAACACCACAAAUACUAUAAAUUAGACAAUUUUGAUUCCCAUUGUGGCACGUGAAAAUCCGGAUAAAAAUCAACGAGAUAAUCCUACCACAGACUACCAGACAUAACACUCGAAAACAAUGCUUCGCCCGCUUUAACGGUCAUUUUAAAUAUAUUUGUAGUUGGGACUGUGGCCACAUUUGAAAUUAAAACUUCAGAAUGACUGUUAAUUGAUUUUCUACAAAAAUGUAAACACGUCCUCGUUUGACACUAUCGGUUUUCCUUGGCAGUGAAAUUAGCCACGUGGGUUGGCAUUUCUGACAGUUAUCCCAGCUAAAGGAUAGGAAUUAAGAUAGUUCAAUGGAAGGUGUGGUGGUAAUAAUCCAAAUUCAUAAUUUUUAUUGUUAUUUUGCUAAUACAGUCGUGAUUCGCUGGUUGGGCCACAGCCUUGUCCGACUAACGAAUUUGAUUCGCUAGUUGGACCGACUGACAAAUGUUAAAAACUCUCCAAAGGAGAUGUUGGCGGUGUAAAUGCAUCUGUUCACAUGUCUAAAUAUUGUCAGAUUGAUUGUCAAAGUAAAUUUGACACGAGAUUUUGACGUUCAGAUGGUUUUUAGUUGGACAAUGGUCCAACUAGCGGAGGUCCAACUAAAAACGGUCCAGUUAAAAAAUGUCCAACCAGCGAAUCACGACUGUAAUAAAGCGAAAAAAUGUUCGACUUCAGCUGCAUCGGUAAAAACCAUAAACAGCAUAUGGCUUAAUGACCCAAUUAUACUCAAGCGACUUCGGCCUCAAACGAGUAAAAAUCCUUCUUAACUCAAUAGAAAUUUCCAGUUUAUGUGAACUCUUUAGUUUGAAAACCUCCAACGUUAGACGAUAUGACAAUCCCUUCCAUCCCAGUGCUUUGACCCAUAUACUUUUGCUGGGUCAAAGAUGCUAAGCAAACCACUGCUGCUAAAACAAUUGUCAAAUAAAGAAGUUAAUGUAAUAAUGUCAAAUAAGAACCUGUUUAUAUUUUAUCGAAUACUUGAAAUUUUUCGUGACGAAGAGAUCGUCCUUGAUAUACCUAAAUUGAGCACUUGAUUUUUUUGUUUCCGUUUUUAGUUAUUAUCUACAAAUCUUCCCUUCGGUUUUCGUUGAAUGAUGUACAGUUUUACAAACAGUAUACUUAUAUUAUAACCUAAUAAGCUUGCUAUUCCAUUAAGCUUUAACGAUAAAAAAGACUAGCCCAUUGAUUCUGCUCCACUGUUGCAUUCACCACAAAAGCUAGUAUACAUGCAACUAUUAUUGUCUCUGUCGGCAAAAAUUCUCAAUGGAUCACUAUAAAGCUAAAAGUAUCGACCAAAAUUGUUGCAGGAAGUAAAAAGUAAUAUCAAUAAUGAUUUACAUGACACUGCAUCAACAUAAUCCCUAGGUAAGCCUGUGCAAGUAAAGAAAAAACAAUAAAGCAAUAAACGAUAGUAUUAUGCAUACCAAUUACUAGUGAUAAAGUAACCCCAAGUUACAUUAGUCUCUUAAAAAAUGUUCCAAAUACCAAGUUUAUAGUAGUGAUUCCGAAAGAGCAAAAUAAAUACAAUAAAAUCACUGGUUUUCAUGCAUAGCAUUAAAACAAUAACAUCGAUUGGACUGUAUAACCUGCAUAGGGCGGUAACCACAGAAGCUUCCUUAACCGUGUGACUUGUUUGACUGUUUUGGCAUCUGUCAAACAUUUUGUCAGCACAUCUCCACAUACAGUAAGAUGAACAUAUCACCAACAAAACCACAACUCAACACGAUUAAGUCAACAUCUCUUUUAUCCGAAAACUUCUGUAAAACAAAAUAGCAAAUUAUGCCAUUCGAGUUAUAAGGAUUUUCAAAAAUGCACAAAAAUAUCCUAACUUGUAGGUUUGUUCUAUCGAAGAGAGAACUACGGGCAACAACAAAAAAAAACAAACUUUGUGAUAUAAUUGUAGAACUAAUUGAAUAGCUCGAUAGAUUUGAGAUUGCCCUAACGCCCUUUCCCAUUAAAAAUACGCAUGUUCUUAUUUGAAUACUCGAUGGAAUGAUAUUAGUUGUAAAAGACUUUCCGUUAAAAUUGAUUAAACGUAGGUUAGGGUUAUAAUCAUUAUUUCAGGACAAAUUUGCAGAUAUUUGGAUAUGGGGCUUAUGUGAGGGGCUUCCCCUCGGAAACAGUUAUUGCGCAUUUCAUCUGUCGAAAGACUUUCGUGCAAAUAUUCAAAAUAGGGUUGCUACUACAGUCGUGAUUCGCUGGUUAGACCCUUUGUCGAACUAACAAGCUUGAUUGUUGAUUCGCUAUAGUUGGAACGACUCACAGAUGUUCACAUCUCUAACUGUUGUCAGUUUGAUUGCUAAAAGGAAUUUGACAUAACUUUCAUUUUUUGUUUAGUUUGACAGUGGUCCAACCAGAGAAGGUCCUUCUUAAAAGUGGUUCAGUUAAAAAAAUUCCAACCAGCGAAUUACGGCUGCAUUCUUUGAUACAUGCAGCAUGAGCAUAUGUUCAUUGGACAACAUUAUUUAGCUGUGAGUCUAUUAGAGGGUAAAAUGCGCAAUAUUCUAACGGAAAAAUUCUGCAAAAUAUAGCAACAUUGGAUGAAAGAUAUGUUUACAUCUGAUGACAAGUUCAAUUUAAACAACCGAUAGAUGGUUGAGGAGUUUUAAGAAUCUAGGAUCUCCCUAUCAUUAUAACUAUAUCUGUAAGUUUGAUUGAUAGGAAUAAACUACUGCUUGAAGACAACAAAGUAAUUGCAAGCGUGCUACAAACUGUUCGCUAAACAAUAGUGAUAUAGUGUGUGUGAUGGUUUGCCAUUGCGAGUGUAGUAUAACAAUUCCUGUUUCUCCAAAUAGGUUUGAAAAACCGGGCAGCAAUCUUUCUAUUGAUAGUUGAUUAUUAACUGAAGUUGAAUUUAAAAAUUAAAUGCUUGAAGAAAAUUCAAAAUUUAUUACUCCAACUCCUAGCUAAUUACCAAGAAAAGGCCAUUGUAGACAUUAUAAUCUUGCCAGGAUACAAAGUCGAAUGAAAGUAUUCCGUUGAAUACUAUGAAAAAAUCUCUUCACCUUAGGAAACAAAUACAGAAAUAAAUUCUUUUUCAAGAAAA